UAUUCUCCUACCACACCAUUGGUCAGUGUGUACGUCAGUGUAGUGAGUGUACAUGGGUGUACAUUCUCCGUUCCUUACAUUUAUGUACUUCCUUGUAUUUUCAAUUUUGUGGGCAUGUUGUGUGCAUUACUUCCUUGUGAAUAGACGUGGUUCAUCUCAAGAGAAAGUCAAGUCAGUUACCUGGAAAAUUAUCAGUUUUUAACAACACAAUUAAUAAAUAAACGAACAUCACAACAAUUAAUAUUUAAUAUUCAUCAAAUGUUUAAAUUGAUAAUUUUUUUAUCAAUUAGAAAAAAGUGAUUCUUGUUUUUUGUUUUUUUUUUCCUGAUAAAGUGAUUGUUUAAUUAAAUUUUGAAUAAAAAGUCAAGAUGGUGUCUGGAGGAAUGGCUUGUAUUAAAUACAUACUUUUUGCAUUCAAUUUUGCGUUUGCUAUUUGUGGAGUUGCUUGUAUCGCUGUCGGUGGAUGGAUAGUUGCACAAUACAAGGGAUACAGUAAUUUUGUUGAUAAUUGGUUUUAUGCUGCACCAAUAAUAAUUCUAGUCGUUGGUAUUAUUGUCUUCCUGGUAUCAUUCUUCGGUUGCUGUGGUGCUGUUAAAGAAAAUCAUUGCAUGAUAAUAACUUUUUCGGUACUUCUGCUUGUCAUACUUGCUUUGGAAGUUGGAGCUGGUAUUUCUGGUUACAUGAUGCGUCGUAAUAUUGGAACAAUGUUACAACAACGUAUGAAUAAUACUCUACACGAAUAUGAAACCAAUGAUGAUGUUAAAAAUUCAUGGGACGUCAUGCAACACGAUUUGGGAUGUUGUGGAAUCAAUAGCUCAAGUGACUGGUGGCCAAAGCCACAUAAACAUCCACGUUUACCACUUUCGUGCUGUCAUGAAGUUCCAGCAACUAAAGAAUGUGAAUAUAAUGCCGUGGGUGCUUUUAAUGAAGGUUGUAUGACAAAACUAAAAGCGAAAUUUGAGGGCAAUGCUUUGAAAAUUGGAAUUGCCGUUCUUGUUAUGGCAUUUAUUCAGCUUGUUGGAGUAUUUUUUGCUUGCUGUUUGGCACGAUCAAUUCGUCGUGAAUACGAGACUGUCGAGACCACGGCACACUGAGGAGGCAUUUAAACAUUAUAAAAUUUUUUUUUUUAUCAAAGUUUUUUUAAAUUACAUUCGACUCCAUUAUACACCAAA